AUGUCAAAUAUUCCAGUUUGGUUCUUGUGUACCUUAUUCUGCACCACUCUGUCCAGCUACACCGAUGCAUUUCCCCAACACACAGACUGCAGUAAUCCGAUAGACGUCGCCGUUAUAGGGGGUGGAAUAGGUGGCGCAUAUGCAGCUUGGAAGUUAAAGGAAAGCAAACAGUCCAUUUACUUAUUCGAAUAUUCCAACAGAAUAGGAGGUCGUGUAUACAGCCGAAAACUACCAGGUAUUGACUACAGAAUGGCGGAGAUAGGGGCGAUGAGAUUCAUUCCCAUGAUCGAAACCAACGCUGGGACAAUGGGACACGUUUUUGUCAGCAAAGCCAUAGCGUCCCUCAACUUGACAAUCAUGGAUUUUCAAGACUACAGAGGUGAUUAUAAGUCCAACCUUCAGAACAACAUCUGGUAUCUCAGAGGGACACAUAUGAAAUAUAACGACCUAGGGAGUUCUAAAGUACCUUAUAAAAUGUACCAAGAUGAAUUGGGGAAAGCUCCAAGCCAGCUGCGUAGAAAGAUCUAUGAGGCCAGUGUCCCAAAUCCUGCUUCAAGUGUUGAUUUCAAUCCAGUUGAUGAAGAAGAUAAAGAUGGCGUUGACUUAUUUAGACAAAGGUACGACAGAAUCUGGCAUAAAUAUGGUGGCUCAAACGAAGCAUUGGAAUACGUUACAGACGCUAUGGGAAUUGAUCUGUCUCACAUGAACGCUGCGUUUGCUGUGCCAGCGUCUCCCCAAGGAGUAUUUGAUGAGAUGAGAUUCAAAACGCUCAAGGGCGGAAUGAGCACUCUCCCUACGACAAUGGCGAAUCAGUUUGAAGAUAGUAGCCCAGAAAGACAUCAAGUCCAUAUGAACCAUAAGUUGGUACGAAUAGAAGGACGAGGGCAGAACCAGCUACUGAGUUUCCAGAUCACAACCACCAGGAAUUAUAUCACAUCAGACACCAGGGAACAGGCCACUGUGUGUGCAAAGCGUGUCAUCCUGGCUCUACCCAGAGAUGCUCUUAUGGACAUCGACUGGCAACCCCUCCACGGCAAUGUUUUUAUCGAAAAUGGACUUAACGCUGUUCGCGGAAUCGAAGCAUUUCGAAUGUACCUUGGCUACGAGAACCCAUGGUGGGAGAAUCUAGGCAUUACGACAGGAAGAUCCAUCACCACGCUUCCCGUCAGGCAGAUGAUAUACAUGGGCCAAGAGAAACCCUCGACUGGUAUAGUGCAAGACCUGAACAGGAAGUCAAUGAUGUUGGUGUACCCUGUUCAGCCACAGGCUUCAUUCUGGGAUGACUCCACGUUGAACAGUCAUCUGGCUGUCAAUCCUCUCGCUGACAACAUGCUUACUAGUGAGUACAACAUAUCCGAGACGAUUUUAUCCGAGGCACAAAACCAGCUCGCAGAGGUACAUCAACUUCGUCGUGAAGACUUAGCACGUCCAUACACAGGCGUGAUGCAUUAUUGGAAACACGGUGGACCCCAAGGCCCAGCCUUCUACGCCUGGAGGGCUGGCUACAAUUGGGAAAUCAUCUCUAAGUUAAUGAUCAAGCCAUUUGCAGAUGAGAACGUGCACAUUGUCGGAAGUUGCUACAGCGGUAAGCAAGCGUGGAUGGAGGGGGCUUUAGACUCAGUGGAAGAGCUAUUAGAUGAGCAUUACAACCAGCACGAAGAUAAAUGGAUAGAGAACAAUAGUAUCAUUAGACGUAGACGAAGUGUCCACUCCAGGGCACAGGGUGGGAUAGCAGAUAUGUCGGUGGAUACGUUCUCAGAUGGCUACUACAAUAGAGAAAGUCCAACCACCAGCUCCUCACCAGUUCAGUUGGUACUUUCCAACGUCAUUUUCAUGGUUAGCGCACUAUGCAUGCUACAUUAG